CUCUACGAAAGAACCUUGAUUCUAUAAACAUGUUAUUCCUAUAAAAUUAUUAAUGAAAGUAGACCAUGGCUUAUAACCCAGGAAUAAUAUGUUUUCGCCAUUGUUGUUCAGAAAGCAUUUUCAACAAUACAAUGAUAUUCGAAAGAAUGAUGUUUUCCUACUUGGGAAGAAGUUAUAAAAAGAAGUUUCAUCAGAUCAUAAGAAAUGCACCAUAUACCACUGGUCAGUAUAAAUUCGAUGUGAUUGUGAUUGGGGGUGGCCAUGCAGGAACAGAAGCUUGUGCAGCUGCUGCAAGGAUGGGUGCCAAGACCUUACUGGUUACCCACAAGAAAAGUACAGUAGGAGAAAUGUCGUGCAAUCCAUCCUUUGGUGGAAUUGGCAAGGGAAAUCUCAUGAAAGAAGUUGAUGCUUUAGAUGGGGUUUGUUGUCGUAUAUGUGAUCUUUCUGGAAUUCAUUAUCAUGUAUUAAAUAAACGCAAAGGGCCAGCAGUUUGGGGAUACAGAGCACAGAUUGACCGUGGAUUAUAUAAGAAACACCUACAAGAGGAACUAUUCAAUACACCUGGUUUACAAAUAUGCGAAUCUUCGGUAGAAGAUUUAAUUGUACAGGGUGAUUCACCAAGUUGUCAUGGAAUAAUUCUUAAGGAUGGAACAAAAAUAUACAGUGAAGCAGUUGUUAUAACAACUGGUACUUUCCUGAAGGGUCAAAUUAAUAUUGGUUUAGAGAAGAGACCUGCUGGAAGGCUUGGUGAUGAACCCAGUAUUGGUUUAGCCAAUACAUUAGAAAGGGUUGGAUUUAAAAUGGGAAGAUUGAAAACUGGUACUCCGCCGCGGAUAGAGCAAUCUACCAUAGAUUUUUCCAAGUGCCGAGUACAGUUACCAGAUAAAGUAUCAAUGCCUUUCUCAUUCCUUAAUGAAACCGUAUGGCUGCCUGUCGAAAAACAACUAAAUUUGGUAACGGGACCGCGGUACUGCCCGAGUAUAGAAAGCAAAGUCUUAAAAUUCUCAGCAAAUGAGCAUCAAAUUUGGCUGGAACCGGAAGGACUUGACUCACCCGUAACGUACCCGUCUGGGUUGUCCUGUACACUUCCGGCAGAGAAACAGGAAGAACUAAUUAAAUGCAUAGCAGGAUUAGAAAAUGCCAAAAUGCUGACACCUGGCUACGGAGUCGAAUAUGAUUAUAUAGAUCCCAGAGAAUUGAGCGUCAGAUUGGAAACCAAGAGGAUACCAGGAUUGUUUCUUGCUGGACAGAUAAAUGGCACCACUGGCUACGAAGAGGCAGCUGCACAGGGGAUUGUGGCAGGUGUGAACGCUGCCGCGAAGGUCCUCGAGAAGAAGCCAUUAAUAAUCAGUCGAACAGAGGGCUACAUAGGGGUUCUCAUCGACGAUCUCACGACUCAAGGCACCAAUGAACCCUACAGGAUGUUCACCAGUCGUGCAGAAUUCCGGUUAAGUCUACGACCAGAUAACGCUGAUCGAAGACUUACCAGGAAGGGAUAUGAAACAGGCUGCGUGUCAGAAGAAAGAAUGACGAAGACGGAGAAAGUAUUGUCUAAACUGGACGAUAAUAUGGAGUUGCUCCAAACUGAAUUACGAUCGAGUUCGGAAUGGCGGAAAUUGUUGAAAAUUAAAGAGACGAGAAAUAUUUAUGUCAAGUCCGCGCUUGACAUGUUAAAUAUCGCCGACGAAGACGUGACCAUCGAUAUGUUGAUCAAGGCACUUCCGGAUCGGUUUGGGCAUUUGGCCGAUGAUCCGAUUGUCUCGCGAAGAUUGAAGAUAGAGGCGAUUUAUGCUCGAGGGAUUGCGGAACAACAACGAGAGGUCGAUGAAAUCCGCACGAACGAGCAGAUGAUGAUACCUCCAGACAUCAACUAUCACUUGCCUCGAUUGAACUUGUCCAACGAAGAGAAACAAAAGCUAUCGGAACUGCAACCGUGUACAAUUGCCGCAGCCAGUCGAAUCUCAGGAAUAACUCCAGCAACCAUUCUACGACUGAUAUAUUAUAUAAAAACAAAUCCAUGCAGCAUGAGCACCAUGUAA